AUGACCACAAUAGAAGCACCAAUGAGCACAAUAGAAGCACCAAUGACCACAAUAGAAGCACCAAUGGCCACAAUAGAAGCACCAAUGGCCACAAUAGAAGCACCAAUGACCACAAUAGAAGCACCAAUGACCCCAAUAGAAGCACCAAUGACCCCAAUAGAAGCACCAAUGACCCCAAUAGAAGCACCAAUGACCCCAAUAGAAGCACCAAUGAGCAUAAUAGAAGCACCAAUGACCACAAUAGAAGCACCAAUGACCACAAUAGAAGCACCAAUGAGCACAAUAGAAGCACCAAUGACCACAAAUAGAAGCACCAAUGGCCACAAUAGAAGCACCAAUGAGCACAAUAGAAGCACCAAUGAGCACAAUAGAAGCACCAAUGACCACAAUAGAAGCACCAAUGGCCACAAUAGAAGCACCAAUGGCCACAAUAGAAGCACCAAUGACCACAAUAGAAGCACCAAUGACCCCAAUAGAAGCACCAAUGACCCCAAUAGAAGCACCAAUGACCCCAAUAGAAGCACCAAUGACCCCAAUAGAAGCACCAAUGAGCAUAAUAGAAGCACCAAUGACCACAAUAGAAGCACCAAUGACCACAAUAGAAGCACCAAUGAGCACAAUAGAAGCACCAAUGACCACAAAUAG